CCACAACCACGUUCUUCUUCCUCCCAUCCCAGCAAGUGAAAAGGAACCCACCGGUGGGAACGAGCCAGCCAAAGAAACCAAUGGAGGACUACUACUACUACUUCACCUCCUGGGGGACCGUGGGCUCCGUCGAGCCCACCGGCUUCCCGGCCCACACGUUGCCUCGCAACCCUAGCUCGGCGUCGCCGAAGACCCGCCGUGCGUCCCGCGGCGACGCUGACGCCGGAGAGCGGCUCCACCACUACUACCUCGACGCCUGCUUCCGGUGCGGGCGACAUCUUGGCGGGAACAAGGACAUCUUCAUGUACAGGGGCGACACCCCGUUCUGCAGCGACGAGUGCCGGCAGCAGCAGAUUGAGGACGACGAGGCGAGGGAGAAGAAGAGGUCCAGGCAGCAUGCUGCUGCGACUGCGACUGCGACUGCGACGAAGCGGGAGCGGGAGCGGCGGAGCUAGCAGCAGCCCGCAGAGGAUUCCGCUCUGGGCGCGGUGAUCGAUCGGUCGAUGCAGCGGCAUCCGAAAAUGAACUGAUCAUUCAUUCGCUCAUGUCGCCGGCCGCCUCGAGCUGUUGGUCCUGUUGGUACGCAUGUGGCCUCCAGAUAUAGCAUAUACCAUGUAGCUUGUUGUUUGCCAGCCAAGAAGAGCAAGCUGGAGCUCAGCUGUUGAUUGAAGCAUGCACGGGGGGCCGGAGAAAGAACAGAUCGUCUGCAGGUUUUCCUUUUUGUGCUGAUUACCGCAUUAGAGCAUGCAGCUGGCGUGUGUUUGUGUGCGACUGCCAUGUACAUGUACUCCAACCGUCCAACGUAACAUUCCGGCACCUACUACCGUC